AUGCCGGAGGCCAACAGGGACACCCCUGUCCCUGGUGCGUCGGAACGAUUGAUACCGAAAGCGCUACAUUUGGACAAACGGCCCGUUACCAACGAGCCCGUUUUGUGCCGCUAUAAUACAGUGAAAGAUAAACAAAUUCGUGCUCACACAGUGAAUAACAAUGAGGCAGAAAAGCGAAUGCACAAAGCGUCCACGGAGCAACAUAUCUCAACGGAUCAAAUUACUGCGGCAUACGAACGAGCGUUGAAACGUUAUGGAUGGCGACUGGAAAUUCCCGGAGACCCGUUGAAACUCAAACGUAAUGUACUGGCACACAGACCGUCCUAUUUUGUCCCGCUCAAAACGCAAGUCACAUUGUCCAAAAUGCCAGUGAUGCACGCGAGCUUCGUUGAACCGUUCUUUCAACGGACCAUACCCAAUCGUCCGUUGUCUUUCGCUAUUCAUCCGGACUGGGCAUCCGAGGCGUUUGUGGCGAAACAGUGCUCGUUGCGAAGCAAUGCACAAUGGGAUUUUGGUGUACAUCGUUACGCGUUUGCAUACUAG